AUGUUUUACCCACGCAUUCGGGAGAAAGGUGCAAGUUUAGUAGUUCUCAGCUGGACUUGCCUGGCUGUGCUGUGCGCUGCGUCUAUAGCGCCCUGCGACAAAACUCGUAGAAUUUUCACAGAUCCAAGUGGCAUAAUCACCGAUGGGCCCAGUAAUUCUAAUUAUACACAAGAUUCACAUUGUGAAUGGCUCAUUAAAGCAGCUAAUAAGAGUCAGUACAUAACAUUAAGUUUCAUUCGUAUGGGCACAGAGUGUUCAUAUGACUAUGUUUUUGUGUAUGAUGGUGAUUCCUUUGAUGCUCCAUUAUUGGGGAGCUUUAGUGGAAAAACAGAACCACAAAACGUUACUGCGUCUAGUGGAUAUAUGCUAAUAUUACUCUACAGUGAUACCAACUAUGUAUUAGAUGGAUUUAGAGCAACAUAUGCCAUUCACAACUGCCCAAAUAAUUGUACUGGUCGAGGAUUGUGUAUGUCAAACAAAUGUUUUUGUGUGGGUACAUGGGGAGGACCAGAUUGUAGUGUAGAACUUUGCCCCAAUGGAUGUUCUGGAAACGGUCAGUGUAAGGGUGACAGAUGUUUGUGUAAAAAAGGGUAUUCUGGUGAAUCAUGUUCGCUAAAAAGUACUGAUAAAGAAGGCAAUAGCUGGCAUUGGCUUUCUCACACCGAAAGUGGUAUGACCAAGAGGGCUGCUCAUUCUGCUGUGUAUGUUAACCAGACUGAUUCCUUGUAUGUGUUUGGAGGAUAUGAUCUGAAUAGAGUUUUAGGUUUAUUGGAAAUUUAUAGAUUUUCUACUAGUCAGUGGUAUGACGAAAACGGAAAAGUAUUACGUCGUUAUCCUUCAAAUGAAGAAAUUGAUAAAUCUUUGUUAACGUUAUUUACCAAGGGUAAUGUUGACGGUAGUUGGCAGAUAGGCAAUCGGAGUUCUCUAUUUAAUUUACUUCUGACAUCAUUCUCGCACCAUGACAAGACCACGCUACCACUCAUGUACGCGCCCUCUGCGGCACCUUACUCCGAAAGCUAUUUGCAAUUUACCGACCGACCAGAAUUUCUAAGUUCGAAUCUCAAAUCUAAUAAUACGAAGCCCGAACCACGAUAUGGCCAUUCUGCGUGUGCUUUUGACAACGGUUUCAUGUUGUACGGUGGGAAGUUGUCCGAUGGGAGUUUGUCUUCGGAGUUAUGGUACUACGAUGCGUUGGCAAACUCUUGGACGCUACGUGCGGUAAAUUCUACUUUCGUUCCGCCGGGUUUGACGCGCCACACGUUGACGGCGGUUAAGGAUGAACUGUAUUUGUUUGGUGGAAGCACUGUUGAGGGCGAAUUCUCUUCUAGUCUGUACAAAAUAAAAGUGGGCGAGGCCGGCACGGAGUGGUGGGAGCGCGUGCAGGUGCGCGGCGGCAAGGAGCUGGACGUGCGCGUGGUGGCGCACGCCGCCGCCUACCACGCCCACUCUAACUCUAUACUGGUGUAUGGUGGUGUCGUUGCGAGUGUUGCCAGAUUUUCCAAGCUGUCAGACCGUAUGUUCGCCUUCGACCUAGACUACAGGCACUGGAGCGAGAUACACUAUCCUCGCGCUCACUUGCGCGACACCUACGUCCCGCGCGAGCGAGCCUUCCACACCGCCACUGUCAUUGGUAACUACCUGGUGGUGUUCGGUGGGUACUCUCACAGACACAAUAGAGAGGAGAUCUGCUAUGAUGGACAGAUGUAUCUAUAUCAUUUGGGAUGUCAUUCAUGGAUACCAUUGGACGUUUUGGGGAAAACUCGAAAGUAUUAUCCCAAGAAGCAAGGUGUAUUUGCACACGCGGCUGCUCUGAAGCCGCCCUCCACUCUUCUCAUCGCCGGAGGCUAUCACGGCAAUGUCAAUGGUGACCUUCUAGCGUACGUAGUUCCCAGUUGGCACGCUGGUAUUACAAAUAAAGAUCCAGAAACAGCUUGUCCAAGACAUCGCACGCAACCGGAAUGUCUGGCAGACCCCGAGUGCGGAUGGUGCUCAGCUGAUGAUAUAUGCUAUGGAAGAACAAUUGGAUCAAACUGCACUACUAAUUUGCAAUCUAUUCGAUGUGGCGGGAUCUGUCCAGCGCUUGGAGACUGUCACUCGUGUCUCAUCCACGGACCUCCGCUGGAUAAAAACAGCACGCGUACGCCGUUAACGUCUGUUAGUACUAAACUGGGCUUAUAUCAGUGUAGUUGGUGUGUUCAAAACGCACGAUGUCAUCAUAAAGAUGAUAACUAUGGAGUAUGCGGUGAAGAUACGCCUUCAGAAAAUCCCGGGUGGUGGGGAUCGACAGGUACCGAAGUGACGAGUCCAGACCAAUGCAAGAUAUUGGAUAAGCGACCAGGUCUGACGUUUCUGCGCUACCAGCAACCAGCUGAUUGGAACCAUCCGGAUGGUGUGUCUGUGAUCAACGCGACCACCGUGGACUGGGGCACCGGCGGAGGCAGCAACCAUAUCUUUAGUGGUGCGAGCGAGGCGCGGCUGCGCGGCUGGCUGCACAUCCCGCAGCACUGGAACGGCACGGGCGAGGCGCUGCACGCGUGCGCCGGCUACUCCAACUUGUCCCUCACGCUCGGCGGCGCCGCCGAGCCCCUCGUCAACCUGACGGCGCAGCCCUCGGCCUGCGCGCCCGUGGACUGGCCCGCGCUCAUGCCCGGCCGCCUCAGUGUCGACAUGCACGCAAACGACUCCCUCCACACCGGCCUCUAUCCGUCUCAUCAUCAUGCCAAAAUGGAGCUCCUUCAUAAUAAAUCACAGGAGAGUGCCAAGGUAUUCACUUUUGAAUUUUUGGAACCAUACUCGAAUGGACAAUGCUCGAGCUACGACAACUGCUUACUCUGCUUAUCGGAUGCGGCGUGCGGGUGGUGCGACUUGACCAACCGCUGCGAGGAGAGGAACAUUGAGGAGAAGACGACGUGUGCCGCGGAAGGCGAGUGGCGCUACCUGACGCUGCAGCCGGCGGCCUGCCCAAACUGCUCCAACUACAUCAGCUGCGAGCGCUGCGUGGCCGGCAACCACUGCGAGUGGUGGGCGGACGAGGCGCGGUGCGCGCGGCGCGGGCGCGCGGCCGGCGCCGUGGCGCAGCGCGCGCUGUGCCCCGCGCCCUGCCGCCUGCGCCGCGACUGCGAGCACUGCCUGGACGAGCGCGGCCGCUGCGUGUGGUGCGAGGCCACGCGCCAGUGCUUCAGCUUCAGCGUCUACACCAGCGAGUACCAGUUCGGCCUGUGCCGCGAGUGGCUCGACCGCGCCUCCACGCCCACGGACGACGCCACCAGGAAAGCCGGCCAGUGCAAAUCCUGUCAAGCUCAUACGCAGUGUUCGACGUGCUUGAGGAGUAUGGGAUGCGGCUGGUGUCAUUCGUUUGAAAAUCCCAUAAAUGGAAUGUGUACAGAGGGAGAUUUCACUCGUUCUCAUAUCGACUGCGCUUCGCUUCUAAAUGUGAGUUCGACAGACGCGGGCUGGGCGUACGCGCAGUGUCCCGACGUCGACGAGUGCGGGUUGGGGCUUCACGACUGUCACGAGCAUGCCGUUUGUAACAACACUCAUGGCUCCUAUACUUGUAAAUGUAAACAGGGCUAUAUCGGUGACGGGAAGAAAAGUUGUAUGCGAACGUGUUACAAUAAUUGUAUCCAUGGCUACUGCUUAGGUGCUCCACAGUAUAAAUGUAAUUGCGACUUAGGUUGGACAGGUGCUGAUUGCUCGAUUAAUUGCGGCUGUCACAAUCAUUCUACGUGCAGAACAGGUGUAGGAAGAUGUGACGAAUGCCAGGAUUGGACGGAAGGUGAAUUCUGCGAAUCUUGUAAGCCUGGUAGUCAUGGCAAUGCGACUACAGGACAAGGUUGUCGACGUUGUGAUUGCAACGACCACGGUGACGAGACUCGCGGUGUUUGUGACGUAGCAACCGGUGAAUGCAUUUGCAAAGAUAAUACGGAAGGACAAAACUGUGAGCGCUGUAAGCCAAAGUUUUAUGGAGACCCUCGACACGGAGGCAAAUGUUACUAUCAAUGUGAACCUAGAGGUAUGCUUAAUGCAUCUGAGACAGAAGGCAUCGGCUCUUACAAAACUGAUCCCGAUAUUAAAAAUUUAGGGCCCGCUAAAGAAUGCUUAUGGAUUAUCUCAUCAGAAGAUGUUAAGGAUGCGAUUAUUCAGUUCAGUGUGAAUUCUUCUACUUUCAAUGUGCCAUGCGACCAAAACGCUGUUUACGUAUAUGAUGGUUUAGGAGGCGAUCCCCGUUUAAACAAUAAUCAGCAAAGUCAGCUGUUGGGCGUCUUUUGUAACGGGGCUUCUUCGGGUGUCGUUGAAGCACGUAGUGGAAAUCUAACCGUGCAUUAUAAACAAAGUCAACCGGAACAAGGGUUUGAAGGUGUUUACAAUAUAUUGGCAUGUGACGGACAUUGCUCCUGGCCUAGAGAAUGCAAAAAUAGACACUGUGUAUGUAGAGAUGGAUAUGGUGGAUUCGAAUGUAAUGUAGAGAUCUGUCGUAAUAACUGCAGCAGCCAUCUGAAGGGUGGUGUGUGCGACAUGAGCUACGGGCGAUGCCUUUGCAAUGAAGGAAUAGGCGGUGAUGACUGCUCGCUAAAAUUAGACAAAUCGCAACUUGUUUUCACAGAAUUAUUUAACUCUGAUUAUCUAGCUGAUGGUUUGGAUCACCUAAAGAAGACAUUGCCUAGAUUUGGUCAUAGCUUAGUAGCAGAUAGGCGAGGCUUGUGGAUGUUUGGGGGGUAUUCGCUUUCUCAUGGGCCACUUAACGAUAUACGAUAUUAUGACACAAAAAAUAACACUUGGACACCAGUUACGGUAGAUGCUACACCUGAUCCAAAAAUGCCUGAAGGUCGAUAUUUCCACGCUGCCGAGAUAUAUCAUUUUAAACAAAAUAUAUACAUUUAUGGAGGUUUAAGUUUACAAGAAAAAAGUGGUCAUAACAAAACACUACGCGAUUUCUGGCAGUUUGGCCUCAAAGAACAACGAUGGAGCCAAAUUAAGGAAAAGGAAGAACAUCCUCCACCUUUAGCUGGGCACACAUUGACAUUGCAAAAAUAUCAAGACUACGAAAGUUUAGUACUAAUUGGAGGGUUUUCUUUGGAAGAAGGUUUUAUGACAGAUGUGUGGGAAUUUGAUCUAGACAAUGAUAAAUGGGUUAAGUUGACUUGUGGUGGCGCUAAGCCGGUUGGAAUUAUUGGUCAUAGCACCGUAUAUCAUGCACCUUCUCAAAGUCUUUACGUAUUUGGCGGUAUAUUGUAUAUGUAUAACGGAACUACCAUAUCAAACAAACUCUUCUCGUUCCAUUAUCCCUCUAAAAGUUGGAGCGAAUUACCCACUUUCCCUAGCCUCAAUAAUAUCCACGACAAUUUGCCACGAGCAACAUAUUUACAUUCGGCAGUUACAACAAACGACUACAUGAUCGUAUUCGGUGGGAGGACAGUACCUGACAGAAGAUCUAAUUCUCUUAUCGCAUACAUGUACAGUUGUAAUCAAUGGGUCAAGCUCUCUAAAGGUUCAAGUGUAUUAGAUCACCCACCGCCACGCACCAUAGCUCACGCGAUGGCUAUAGACAUGGAGUCGGAAAGUGAUUGGAAUAUUUUCAUAGUAGGAGGUUGGACCGGCAGCGCUAAUUGUCAAGUCACGCGCGUAACUUUGCCAGAUGAUUUAUGUUCUCUAUGGAGUUCUAGUAAAAUCGAAUGCCGAAGUCAUAUGGGAUGUAGUUUCUGCAGCACAGGAGAUUAUACGAAGUGCUAUUCUGUAGAUAAACCUGGAUGUGAAGGUAGCGAUAGAAUAUCGACUAAUGCAGGCGCUUCCUGUGAUGCUGAUUUAGUAGCAAGGCGCCCGUGCGAAAACUUUACAACCUGCACGUCAUGUUUGGCUGCAUGGCCUCUGUACCCUGAAGAGAAACCUGCUUGUCGAUGGUGUGAGACCUGUGCAGCUCGUAUAGGUGAAUGUGUACCAACGGAUGAAUCUUGCAAAAGCAUCAAAUGUAGUGCUGGCACCACAUAUAUCAGUGAUUCAGCUCAAUGCCCUGAGUUGAGAUGUGUGUCUCCUGAUUGUGAUAAGUGUGUUUCCAAUCAAUGCUCGUGGACGAGACUCGCUGAUAGAGGAGUACAAAUAACGAGAAUAGCAGAUGAUCCAUUAGAACUUUAUAAUUGGAUAUGUGUGUCAAAAGAAGAACUGCCACAUCCAUGGGCUACGUCAAUUAAGCCUGCAUACAUACACUUUGGUUUGACAAAAGAGUGCCCUAGCCGAUGUCAUUUAUAUGAUGAUUGUAAUUCUUGCUUGGGGUCAGACGGUGCAGAAGGAGGUUUUUCCGAGUGUCACUGGGCGAGUUAUCUCGGGACGUGCAUUUCUCCUGCUUAUCAGCCUGUGUAUUGUGCGGGUGGAGUCUGUGGAUUAGUGUUAAGUAAAGCAGACAAAAACAAGUGUCCAGCCCCUUGUGACACUUUCGAGCAAUGUACUGAAUGUCUACAUCAUUCACACUGUGGGUGGUGUGCUCUCGAGGGUGAAAAUGGAGAGGGUGUGUGUACAGAAGGCUCUAUCGAUUCCCCCUUGGAAUAUUCAACUCGCACAACUUGUGCCGCUGUUUAUUCAAACGUACAUCAAAAUAACGGCACCAACGACACCUUCUCGUGGCAUUACACUCGCUGUCCACCUGAAAAUGAAUGUGAAAAUAAUCAUCAUCAAUGUAAAGCUGAAUCUGAGGUGUGCCGCGACCUGCCCUCGGGCUACGAGUGCCAGUGCGGCGCAGGGCACAAGCGCGUGGGCGGCGCGUGCGCGGCCGUGUGCUCGCAGGGCUGCGUGCGCGGCGCCUGCGUGCAGCCCGACCGCUGCCGCUGCGACUUCGGCUACGUCGGCGCCAACUGCACCAUACAGUGCCAGUGCAACGGCCACUCGCACUGCGAGGGCCCGGACAAGUUGGAUGUGUGCAUCGAGUGCCAUAACAACACUAUGGGCAGUCAAUGUGAAAAGUGUAAGCCAAACUUCGUAGGCGACCCAACUGACAACGGGCAGUGCAUACCCUGUUCCGUAUAUUGCCAUGGGCAUACAUCCGUCUGUACGAACGACGUGGACGUAUCUCUUGUACGUGAUAUUAGUAGUGCGGAUCUAGAAGAGUACUAUAGAGAGGGUGCGGCGAAGGCUAGGUGUGUGCGGUGCGCCAACAACACCGACGGGCCUCGAUGCGAGCGAUGCAUCGAGGGGUACUUCAGGGGCUCGGAAGACUUCAGAGACCCCUGCCGACCAUGCGAGUGCCACGGGCACGGCGACACGUGCGACCCGGUGACGGGCGAGAAGUGCAACUGCGGCAACAACACGGAGAGCGACGCGUCGUGCCAGACCGCCUCCUCCAGCAAGAACUCGGCGCAGGAGUGCUGGCGCUACCAGUGCGUCAAGUGCCGCGACCUGUACAUGGGCGACCCGCGCAACGGACACCAGUGCUAUAAGACCAUCAAUAUUGAGAACAAGCUGUGCUUCGAUGGCAAGUCUAUUGAUGAGUGCAAGAUCAAACCUCGUCCAUUAUAUGCAGGGCAGACAGUCUUUGUUGCCGUCAACCCGCGAUACAUGAAUGUGGACAUCCGAGUUAUAGUGGAUGUUACUCAAGGCGCAGUGGACCUGUACAUGAGUCCCAAUGACAGCUCAUUUGUUGUUUCUGUGAAUUCAAGUACAGGAGCCCACGCUGUACAAUUGGACCCAACAUACUAUAAACACGAAUCUUUCCGGAAACUGCCAUCCUUCGACGAUCAUUCACCAGAGAAACCCGGGAAGAUAACGUGGUACUAUGACAAAAUAGAAUACGCGCUCGCCGACUAUGUAGCAAAGGACCUAGCUACAUAUGUUACUGUUGAUAGGAGGAACGUUUUGUUACGUGUGAAAAACCUUCGCAACCGCCUAGUUCUGACACUGCCUCAGAAUGUACACGAUUUAACGCACACUAAGUUCUUCAUAAUAGUGCGUGCGCGUCACACGGAAGAUGGGUCGGCGAGUUUCGGGAUCACCUUCUUCCGCCAGGACCAGCUCCAUAUAGAUCUGUUCGUGUUCUUCUCGGUAUUCUUUUCAUGUUUCUUCCUGUUCUUGGCGGCAUGUGUCGUGGCGUGGAAGGCGAAGCAGGCGGCCGACGUGCGCAGGGCGCGCAGGCGACAUGUGGUCGAGAUGCUGCACAUGGCGAAGCGUCCGUUCGCGGCGGUGCGCGUGGUGGUGGGCGGCGGCGCGGGCGGGCGCCGGCGCCGCGCCGAGCUGCGCCCCGUCGCCAUCGAGCCCACCGCCGACGGCCGCGCCGCCGUCACCUCGCUGCUCGUCAGGCUGCCGGGCGGCGCGCGCGCGCCGGUGCGGCUGGCGCUGGCGUCGGCGCUGGUGCUGGUGUCGCGCGCGCCGCCGCGCCCGCGCCGCGCGCCGCCC